AUGCAACAAUCCCUCUCCGUGCAUGGCGAGUGUCUUGACAGUCCACGGUACCCGAUUGGAUUUCCGCUGGCUGCGGCAUUUGAGGGUGGGAGCAUUGUAGCUCUGCUGGGGAUGAAAGUGUACAUUGACAGAAACCAAGAUAUCCUGGAAUAUGGGUUUGCCAGGAAGCCAGAUGCAGAAACAGAUGCAGAAGAGGGAGAGCGAGAGAGCUCUGUUGACGAGGAGCAAAGACACGCGACCGCAGACAAAAUGCCCGGUGCGCUCUUGUCGAGGUCUAAUUAA